GCGCGAAGAGGCCUGGCGCUAGACCGGGAGGCCACGGACGGGACUCUCGGAUCCCUGCGUGAGGCGUCGUCGCGGCCCUGGCAGGAUCAUUCAUGAUACAGCUGUAGCUGUUUUCAACAAAAAUCAGUGAUGAAAACUGUUCUUUUUAACAAGAUACCUCCAAGUUAAACAUGGAAGGCAAAUACUGGAAUCGUUUCAGUUCUGACCAGAUAAAGAAUACAGCAUUUUCCAGCUAGCUUGGGAUGGCACCUUGCUAAGAUUCAUCACUUGCCAUGCACCCCACCGGGAACAUGGAUGUUGGCUUUACUCGGUCCGCGGUUCAGACCCUGUCCAGAAGCCACUGCAAGAACAUCAAACAGAAGAUUUCCCAGUGGGAAGGAAGAGCUAACGGUGUAACUAGGCCAGCUAAGCUUCAUCCAAAGGACUUCGGAGUGAGGCAUAACUGCCAGCAAGAGAGUCCUCCUCACAAGUGCCCCCCUGGGGAGGAAAGGAGCCACUCUCAGAAUGGGGAUUUACCCAGGAUUGCAGAUGCCAAAAGCUUUGAUCAAAGUGGGGAAAAAAGCGAGAGGCGGGAGUGUAGAGACGCCCACCCCUCGGAGAGUGAUCCAGACUCCAGCUGGGUGUGUGCUCGUGUCAAACAGAUUGAAAACUGGCAUGCUGUCUCUGGUAAGGAUCCAGAGGCCUCCUUACCGCCAGGAAACUUCUAUACCUCACAGAUACUGUGGAAGAGCAUAGAAGCGCUUCCCCCAGAUAAAGCUUUAAAUGUGGCUUUAGCACCUUGUGACUCUACAGAAAAAGAACCGAAUUUCAGAGUUCUGCGUAGUUCUUAUGGAAUAACCAAAAGCUUGGAAAGUAUUUAUUGUGAACCCGAGGGGCAAGAAUGCGGACCCUCUAUAAAUCCUCUGCCCAAACCUCGUAGGACAUUCAGGUAUUCAUCUGAAUCUGGUGGCGUGCCAUAUAAAGAAAGAAACUGUGACCAAAAGUACUGUGAAAAUAAUUCCUGUGCGGAGUCUUCUCUGGCUUCUUCUCAGGAUCCCGAACCAAAGAAAUAUGGUGGGAAGAUCCGAAGGAGAUCCAAAAGGAAAUCUUUUGAGUUUGAAGAUAUUCAGCACUUUCGGAACUCACGGAAGAUUCAUGAAGAACUUGGAAGAAAUGCUGGUUCAGCACUUUAUUAUACACAGUCUGAGGAUAAUAUCUAUGAGGAUAUUAUAUACCCAGCCAAGGAGAAUCCCUACGAAGAUAUCCCUGUGCAGCCGUUUCCCAUUUGGAGAUCCCCUUCAGCAUGGAGGCUGCCACCUGCGAAGAGCGCCUUCAGAACACCCAAGCUCCCUCCCAAACCCCAAUUCCUUCAGCGGAAGACAAUGGAACUGAAGAACUCCCAAGCAUAUUUGCGAUCCAAGCUCACGAAGGAUACCACUUUGCCUGUCACCUUAACGGAAUGGAAGCUUUUCCGAGCUGGAGAAGUGGCUAACAGGAAAAAGAGAAAUCUCCCACAGCUUGUUUUGAAAAUAAAUGAUACAUUUGAGUCUAAGAGAGGGAAGAAGAGGGUAAAGUUACAGCCUUAUACUGGGAAAGAAGCCCCCUCCUCAAAAGGUGAAACCAGUGGGAACGAGAGUGAUGCUGAGUACCUGCCAAAGAAUCGCCACAAGCGCCUAGCACAGCUGCAGCAGUCCUCCAAGAGGAACCCCCACUACCAAACCUUGGAACGGGACCUUAUUGAGCUGCAGGAACAGCAGCUGUUUGAACUCUUCGUGGUAGUCUCUCUGCAGAAGACACAGUCAGAAACAGGCUACAUCCCCCAGGUCAUACAGCAGUUCCCUAGCAAGGGUGAUCAUGGCUAUAAGCAAUCCAAAGACACUGAAGAGAGGCUCAAAGUCAUCCCCAAGUUUUGUUUUCCUGAUUCAGAGGACUGGGUGCCAACCUCAGCGCUCAAGAGUGAAACAUUCUCCUUCGUGUUGACUGGUGAAGACGGAAGUCGGUGGUUUGGCUACUGUAAGAAGCUUUUGCCAGAAGGCAGAGGAAAGCGGCUCCCUGAGGUGUACUGCAUGGUCAGUCGCUUGGGCUGCUUCAAUCUCUUCUCAAAGAUUCUGGAUGAAGUAGAGAAGAGAAGAGAAAUGUCCCCAGCCCUGGUUCACCCAUUCAUGCGAAGUGUCAUGGAAGCCCCUUUCCCAGCUCCUGGCCGCACCAUCACAGUUAAGAGCUACCUCCCUGGGGCUGGAGAUGGGUCAAUUGAACUCUGCCGGCCACUCGAUUCACGACUGGAACAUGUGGAUUUUGAGUGUCUCUUCACGUGCUUGAGCGUGCGUCAUCUCAUCCGGGUCUGUGCCUCUCUCCUUCUAGAGCGGAGGGUAAUCUUUGUUGCCAACAGCCUGAGCACCCUGUCAAAAUGUGGCCAUGCCGUGGUAGCUGCGCUGUACCCGUUCACCUGGCAGCACACCUACAUCCCAGUGCUUCCAGUGUCCAUGAUUGACAUAGUCUGCUCACCUACUCCCUUCCUCAUUGGCAUCCUGUCCUGCUCCCUGCCCCAGCUUCAGGACCUUCCCAUCGAAGAGGUGCUGAUAGUUGAUCUCUGUGCAGACAAGUUCCUACAGGAGGUGUCUGACGAGGAUGAAAUUCUGCCGCCUAAGCUUCAAGCUGCCUUGGUGCAGAUUUUAGAAGAUCGAAAUGAAGUCUUGGCCCAGGAAAAGCAGUUUUCACAAGAUGUGACACUGAAUUCCCUGGUGUCUGAAGCAUUUGUCAGGUUUUUUGUGGAGCUUGUGGGGCAUUAUUCUCUGAAUAUGACUGUCACAGAGCGUGGGGAGCGCGUGUUCCAGAGGGAGCCGUUUCGGAAGUCCCACACUUCCCGCAGUGUCCGCCACUUUCUGGAUCUCUUCAUGGAGACACAGAUGUUUGCAGGAUUUGUCCAGGACCGGGAGCUUCGGCAAAGCGGAGUUAAAGGUUUGUUUGAAGUCCGGGCUCUCCAAUAUUUGGAAACAAUUCCUGAGUCGGAACCCAGUGGUGUGAAUAGAAUUUUGCGGAGUCUUGGAAGCAAGAUGAGGUUUCUUCACAAGAAGUGAAAUCUUUGUUUUCAUUCUAAACAUAACUGAAAGUGCCAAAGACAGUAUUUUUCCAAGGAUCUGGAUGCCUUGAAGAGUCCUACAAAGUCCUUGAGAUUGUACAAGGAGAAAGACUGUUGCUGCAGACCAACUGGGAAUAGUCUAGAACCAUGUAAUCUCUUCUCCUUCUAAUGCGGGGACUUUGGUUUGGUUAGUUGGUUUUUUUUGUUUUGUUUGAGACAGGGUCUAUGUUACCCUGACUAUGUUAACCAGGCUGGCCUCAAACUCACAGAGGUCCACCUGCUUCAGCCUCCCAAGUUCUGGGAUUAAAGAUGUGUGCCAUCAUACCUGGCCAAGUUAUUUUCACUGGUGUUUUCUCUUUUGAUUAUUGGUGGGUACAAGAAGCUCUACUUUAUGCCUAGUCUAUGAAAGCAGUUGUCUUUUACAAGAAAAAGACUCAGAAAUACUUAGUGUUGCUCUUUAAAAAAAAACAAAAAUAAUGCAAAGAGGAGAAUGAGAGAAAUGCUGAGUUUCAGGACUAGGCAGAAAUGAAGAACAUGGCGGUUACACUCGAUUCAUCAUCAGGUUGCUUUAAAUCCAUGGACCGUUUGCACUUUCAAGUUUUAGUAUGUUCACCUUUGAUAACCCCAUUCUGCCCGUGUCCUGUCUUGGAAAAUUUCAUUCAUGUUAGAACCUUAAAAAGCAGACACCAUGCGGAUCCUCCCUGGAACAUGUGUCCUGCUGGAAUAGCUUGCCUUUCACAUGGCAGCAUUAUGCUGUGUGGAAUACGGCCCAUAUGAAAAUGCCCUUUUAAGGACAUAGCUACCUGUUUGUUGAGCAAAUUGGUGCCCACAGUUUGCUGCACUGUGUUAGUCUACUUAUGCUAUCUUAUUCGAGCUUUAGAUCAACUUCAUGUUAUUUUUACAAGAAACUGGAGUUCAGAGAGGCUAAGUAAUUUGGCCAGUUUUACACAAGGCUGGACUAAGCCAAACACUUGACUUAUGAACACAUAAAAGCUGGUUAGUCCUACAGAUGGAAACUUGAGCUCUUUAGUCUUGCAGCGACAUUUAAAGUUCUUUGUGGAGUACACCAGAGCCACCUCUUGGCUCCGCAGAGACUCAGGCUGUGGGUUGUCUAAGUGAGGCUCAGUUCCUUUGUUCGCUUUUCUUCUGCUGCUGGGGUAGAACCCGAGGCCAAAUGUGUUACUUUGAUGUUGUUGUGAGUUUUCAUUCUGAUUAGACUCCAAGUAUUCGCCUCUCCAUCAACCAGAUGCUGAAAACCUAAGGAGUAGCAGCUGGGAGAAGGAGUUUGUCAGUGAAGGUGCAGUUUCAUUGGUAACUGAUAAAUGUGGCAGAUGUGUUUCCUUCAACCUUUGCUCAUGGCUUUACCUGGCAUGGAAAAUAUUUAUUCAGACUUAGAAAUGUUGUACACUGUAUUGGGAUACAACUGACUAACUUGUACAGUACUGUCAUUAUCGCCCAUUUAAGUGUACCUGAACGAAUCUAUUUAAGACUGGUGCUGUGCAGUAUAGCUCCUAGAUGUGGGUCCAGGAAAAAAACUGAGCCUGUCUUUUAAAAUGUUAAUGCAGCUUACCCCGGUGAAGCUCCUCCAGACAUCUCCCUAGGCGCCCCAAUCCUGAGGGAACAAUUCCUAAUUGGUUGUUUAUAGAAUGGGAGUAGGAGGGUUUUCUGCUCUGAGGGAGACUGCUUUGCGGAUGAGAGUCUCACCUUCUUACAGUCGAAAGCUGCUUUCUUUCCUUGAGUUCAUUGUAUUUUCUUUUUGUAAAUGUUGUGAAUCCUGGAUGUUUGUAAAAAGAAUUGUUCAAGAUUUCUAUCAAAUGUUUACAGGUCUUUUAAUGAAUAAAGGCAUUUUAAAAUAA